GCAAAAAAUUCCCCAAUUAUUGUGGAAAGUAGAAUAUAUUUGUAAUAAUUUGCAUACAGUGAAUAAAAUGAUCUUUGUUUCUGGGGGACAUUUCUGUGAAUGGAUCUUAGCUAGCUUUCAUCAAACUGCGAAAAUCUGUGGGGACGCAUGGUGGCGCUGCAGGAUAAUAUCGCCAGAAAAUCCCAAAAUACAACCCUGGAUGAAGUCGUAGAUAAGAUACUGUUACCCAGUGCACACAAAGAAUUGGGAAGACAGAGAGGCCGGCCUUCAACAAACGACCUAGAGGUUGUUUAAAACCUUUAGCUUUCCGAAGAUUCUGCAGAAAUAUCAGAGGCACGUUUCUUAGAACUGCUAAGUGGAGCUUAAGCGAUUCUUCAAGAAGCCUUGGGGAAUUCGGAAAGGAGCUAUGGAAGACGGAGGGGCAAGCACUCGGCGGCGGAUAAGGCAAGUCCUGCUUCUCUUUGUUUUGCUGGAAAUGUCUCAGGCGGGCUCUGAGCCUGGGAGGUUUUCCGUGGUGGAGGAAACGCAGAGCGGGAGCUUGAUAGGCAAUUUGGCAAAGGACUUGGGUCUGGAAGUGGGUGAGCUAGCCUCACGGGGGGCUCAGGUGGUCUCUAAUGAUAACAAAGAGCUUUUGCACCUGGACAUAAACACCGGCGAUUUGAUCUUAAGGGAAACGCUGGACAGGGAGGAGCUCUGCGGCUCCACGGAGCCCUGCGUGCUACAUUUCCAGGUGCUAAUGAAAAACCCUUUGCAGUUUUUGCGGAUCGAGCUUCAGGUCAGGGAUAUAAAUGACCACUCUCCCAUCUUCUUGGAAAGAGAAAUGCUUCUAGAAAUCCCUGAGAAUAGUCCUGUUGGUGCUGUGUUCUUACUAGAAAGUGCAAAGGAUUUAGAUGUCGGAAUCAAUGCCGUGAAAAGCUACACAAUAAGCCCCAACUCGCAUUUCCACAUUAAAAUGAGAGUCAAUCCAGACAAUAGGAAAUACCCAGAGUUAGUUCUGGACAAGGCGCUGGAUUAUGAAGAUCAGCCUGAGCUCAGUUUCAUCCUUACUGCUCUGGAUGGUGGUACUCCUCCGAGGUCAGGGACUGCCUUGGUUCGGGUGGUGGCGGUGGAUAUUAAUGACAACUCUCCCGAAUUUGAGCAGCUGUUUUAUGAGGUGAAGAUUCCCGAGAAUAGCAUCCCUGGUUCACUGGUUGUCACCGUCUCAGCUGGGGAUUUAGACUCGGGUACAAAUGGGGAGAUAUGGUAUACCUUUUCUCAUGCCUCAGAAGAUAUUCGCAAGACAUUUGAAAUUAAUCAAAAGUCUGGAGAAGUUAGUUUAACAUCAUCCUUAGAUUUUGAAACAACUGAAUCAUAUUCAAUAAUUAUUCAAGCCACAGAUGGGGGAGGACUUUUUGGGAAAUCAACCGUAAAAAUCAAAGUGAUAGAUGUGAAUGACAAUGCUCCUGAAAUCGCGGUGUCAUCAAUUACCAAUCCAAUCCCAGAAAAUUCACCGGAAACUGUGGUUAUGGUUUUCAGUAUCAGAGACAGAGAUUCUGGGGACAAUGGAAGGAUGGUUUGUUCUAUCUCAGAAGAUCUCCCAUUUCUGCUAAAAUCUUCGGUAGAGAAUUACUAUACGUUGGAAACAAAGGCAACACUGGACAGAGAGAGCCAAGCCGAGUACAACAUCACCAUCACCGUCACAGACCUGGGCACACCCAGGCUGACCACAGAGCACAGCAUAACAGUGCUGGUCUCCGACGUCAACGACAACGCCCCCGCCUUCACCCAGGCCUCCUACACCCUGCUGGUCCGCGAGAACAACAGCCCCGCCCUGCACAUCGGAACCAUCAGCGCCACAGACGCAGACGCGGGCACCAACGCCCAGGUCACCUACUCGCUGCUGCCGCCCCACGACCCGCAGCUGGCCCUGGCCUCGCUGGUGUCCAUCAACGCCGACAACGGCCAGCUGUUCGCGCUCAGGUCGCUGGACUACGAGGCCCUGCGCGCCUUCGAGUUCGGCGUGCGCGCGGCAGACCGCGGCUCGCCCGCGCUCAGCAGCCAGGCGCUGGUGCGCGUGCUGGUGCUGGACGCCAACGACAACGCGCCCUUCGUGCUCUACCCGCUGCAGAACGGCUCUGCGCCCUGCACCGAGCUGGUGCCCAGGGCGGCCGAGGCGGGCUACCUGGUGACCAAGGUGGUGGCGGUGGACGGCGACUCGGGCCAGAACGCCUGGCUGUCGUACCAGCUGCUCAAGGCCACGGAGCCCGGGCUGUUCGGCGUGUGGGCGCACAAUGGCGAGGUGCGCACCGCCAGGCCGCUGAGCGAGCGCGACGCCGCCAAGCACAGGCUGCUGCUGCUGGGCAGGGAACAUGGGGAGGCGCAGCCGCGGCGGCUGUGCAGGAGGGCCAGGGCGGCCUCGCUGGGGGGCUGCUCGGUGCCCGAGGGCCCCUUCCCGGGCCACCUGCUGGACGUCAGCGGCACUGGGACCCUGUCCCACAGCUACCAAUAUGAGGUCUGUCUGACUGGAGGCACUGGGACCAGCGAGUUCAAGUUCUUGAAGCCAAUUAUCCCCAAUUUUCAAGUCCAUGACACUGGUAGGAAUAUGGAGGAAAAGGAGAACUUCCGCAAUAGCUUGGGACUCAACAUUCAAUAAAAUGUCUGACAAGAGGAUCUAGGGCUAAUGCGUUCCAGUUUCUGCAGGUUCUUUUGUCUAAUACUGAGCUCCAGUGUCCUGGGAAACAGGAAAAUUCUUCCUUCCAUAAUAGCUUAUUAAUAUUUAAUUGGCAUAAUUGGUUUAUAUUUCAUUUGUAUUUUAUUUCAUUGCACUUCCGCCAGUCUGUGUGCAUUUAGCAUUGUACUAUCUUUGCUUUCCUAUUUUCUAUGUUCUUUCCACCAUUGCUUUUCAGUAAAUGUUAAUUUAUGGUUGUCAUAGAUAGUAAUUUAUUCUCUAGUCCAGGCAGUCUUAAUUUGUAAUUAAUUUGGCUCCUUGAAGAAUAACACCAAGUCACAUUUUCCCACAUCUGUCCCUCCAGUUGAACUUUCACUCAUAAUUAUGCUCAUGGUAAAAUAAACACCAAUUCAGAAGUAAUUCAA